GUGAAAUCCAGGACUGUGCCUACUUGGACAGCGAAAGCGCCUACAGCGAGUUGGAGCUCUUUCCUGAUGACGACGCAAUGACUCUAGCACAGCAAGAGGUUCAUCAUGAGUCUGACAUGGACAGUGCUAUUGAGAGUGCCCAGAGCUCGGAGGCCUCUGACGUGUGUCGGAGUGAGGAGAAGGACGGUGUGCUUGGUGGCUUGUUUCUGCCCGGUGACAAUGCUGGCCAAACACCCCGAAAAAUGAGGCAUGUUUAUAACAGCGAGUUACUGGAUGUUUACUGCUCACAGUGCUGCAAAAAGAUAAAUCUACUCAACGAUUUGGAAGCCAGGCUGAGAAACUUGAAAGCAAACAGCCCUAACAGGAAAAUAUCAAGUACAGCUUUUGGAAGACAACUCUUCCACAACAGUAACUUCAGCAGCAGUAAUGGCAGCACAGAAGACCUGUUCAGAGACAGUAUAGACUCCUGUGAUAAUGAUAUAACUGAAAAGGUAAUGUACCUAGAAAAAAAGGUGACAGAACUGGAGAAUGAUAGCCUGACAAAUGGUGACCUGAAGAGCAAACUGAAACAAGAGAACACACAGCUAGUUCACAGAGUUCAUGAGCUAGAAGAACUAUUGAAAGACCAAGAAACAUCAGCAGAACAGACCCUGGAAGAUGAGAUGAAGAGACACAGAGAAGCAUACAGCAAAUAUGAAAAAGAGAAAGGCACCGAAAUUGAACUGCUAAAUACAAGGGUUCAGCAACUGGAGGAAGAAAAUGGUGAGCUGAAAAGCACUGUCACACGACUGAAAUCACAAACGGAGAGAUUAGAUGAGGAAAGACAACGCAUGUCAGAUAGGUUGGAAGACACUAGUCUGCGACUGAAGGAUGAGAUGGAUUUGUACAAGAGAAUGAUGGAUAAGCUGCGGCAGAACAGACUGGAAUUUAACAAGGAGAGAGAAGCCACACAGGAGCUCAUUGAAGACUUGCGGAAGGAACUGGAGCACUUGCAGCUGUACAAGCUAGAGUGUGAGCGUCCUGGGCGUGGGAGAAGUUCCUCAUCCAGUGUGAGUGAAUUCAAUGCCAAAACGAGAGAGGUGGAAAUGGAGCAUGAAAUAAAACGGCUGAAGCAGGAGAAUCAGAAACUUCGUGACCAAAAUGAUGAUCUUAAUGGACAGAUCCUAAGUCUUAGUCUUUAUGAAGCUAAAAAUCUCUUUGCAACACAAACGAAAGCCCAGUCACUGGCUGCUGAAAUUGAUUCUGCAUCAAGAGAUGAGCUCAUGGAAGCCCUUAAAGAACAGGAAGAGAUAAAUUACAGAUUGCGACAGUAUAUGGACAAGAUCAUUUUGGCAAUCCUAGACCACAACCCAUCUAUCUUGGAAAUAAAGAAUUAAAGAGCAUAUGAGAAGGGAAAGCAGCAACUGCCUGAUAUUUCUGCACAUGCCACUGGAUCUAAACAACACUCUGAUACUGUAAAUUAAUCUAUAAAUAUAUAUAUACACUACGUGUGAGUGUGGGUGCGCGGGUGUGUUUAUAUGAUGUUUGGUAUUUGUCAUUGAAUUGGCUUGGUUAGACUUUUUUCCAUGCACUUUCAAUACCUGUGAUAAGAUGGAUACUGUAUAUUAAUGUAAUAACAAUAUAACUGGAUCAUGCUGUUUUAGAUACUGGACAAAAUGACUCUACCUCUAGUUGUAAAGGUAAAAAAGACAAUGGAAACAUAUGGAUGUGGCCCUAACUUUAGGAGCAAGAAUUGUUCUUUCGUUCUUCCAGGAAUUUGGGUACCACAAACCAAUUAACAUACCCAGGUUCAGUUCCUGACUGGUGCUGACUGUGUAAUUUCCUAUUUGAUUUAGUUUUAGUACUUAAACCACACAUAGGAUAAAACCCCCAAACUUUAGGGAAAAGGAAAGACACAAAAGGGAAGAAGAGGAAGAUAUUGCAGAAUUGUUGCUAUUUGUGAAAAAUCACCAUCCACUUGUUUGCCACUGUCAGCACAAAGUGCUUUUUAUGUAAGAUCACUUUGGAGCCUGCUUUGGGAUGCUCUGAGCCAGCCUGCUCUUUAGCGUGUGUGCGCAUGUGUAUUUUUUUAUGCCAGGGUCCCUGUAGCAUUGAGGCUAAGAAGCUGUUCAAAUCUGUGCCCCUAUUUUCAGGGGUUUAUCAUGGGCCAUUAAGAUGAAUUCUGGGAUCCUGCCCCCUCCCCUCACAGUAAUUUUAAAGAUUUCACUGAAGGAACACAUUCCAGUUCUUACAAAAAAAAAAAAAAACUGAACACAAAAAGAAGAAUUGCAUGAAAUAGCCCACUUAAGGGGAGAAGGAGAAGCCCUUGAAAUUACAUGUUGAGUUGCUUUCCCGCCCCAGACACACUCCACUCCUUCGAGAUUGACAUUUUGUGGGCAAGCUGUGGAGAGGACCAGCUGGGUCCUAACACAGCGGUGGAGAGAAAUCUGAUGUGGAGUGACUCUUACCUAUAGGGCAGUACAAAGAAAAAGAGCUUGGUCUUGCAGAAGUUGCUGAUCCAGACUGAGUACACACAUGCAUAUCUAAAGCUCUGAAUAGGGAGCACAUCCUGAUUUAGAUGAGCAGUUGUGCAGGUGCUUGACUUCAAAUGUGUAAUGUGACUGCUCAUAGAAGUCAGUGGGACAGAACAUUAGCUUUAAAGUUGAGCGUAUGCUUAAAUGCUGCCUUAAAUAGGAGUGGACUUCAGCAUGUGCCUGUGUUCUCCUGAGCUGGAUUUGUGUAUCGUAGGGCUAGGACCUUUUUAAUUAUUAAUGGAGCUUAUAUAAGGAGCUUAAAAAUUGUUUGGAUAGUUGAAUGCUAAAAAAUAUUUUUACACGCACUUUUUUAAAGUAAAAAUUUCACACUUUUGAUUGACGCCCACUGGUGCAGAAAAAUAGGCCCAAUUAUCUGGCUUUCCCCAAUGCAUAGAGACAUUUCCUCUAUUGAAUACACUCCCCAGAAGAAUGUUACAGUAGCAAUGACUGUGCUUUCCUGUGUAUUUCUUGCUGUUGGCAGUGUCUUGCCCCUAGUAUUCUCUUGAUGUAUCUUGGUGUGUAUAUGUGAUGCAUUUUUCCUGAAUUUGAAUACAUAAAACAUGUAUUCAGUUAUGGAUGUAAAUAUAUAUAUAUAUUUUUUUCUGCAAUCUCUGUGCUCUUGCCUUCAGUGAUGUGUUACUGGAGUGAUGGGAAGGGGAGGGGGAAGUCCUGAAAUCAGGCUUUCUUGAAGGCAAGAAAAUAAAAACAAUUUGUUUCUAUGUAUCUGCAUUAGGCAGGUGUAAAGUAACUGGAAAGUGAAAGGGACCAGAGGAAUAACUAUGGGACACAACGUCCCAGCGCACAAAGAUGUCUGCAGGACUUCAGUGCUCUGGGAGAAAUGGUACAGUCUUGUUCAAACACUGGUGUCUCAGGGCUGGUUUCCUGAGGCUCUAGGGUAAUCUGGAGGAAGGGAUUUAAACUCCUUUGCCACCUGGGGGUGGUGUAAAAUGUUCUGUGCUAAAUUGCAGCAGCUUCUGUUUGCGGAGAAGCAGGUGGAGCACUAUGGACACCCCACAACACAUCUUUCCCAUCUGCUGCUGCUUCUGGAUGUGCCACCUAGAAGGUAGGAGAGGAACAGUUAAGCCAGCUUGGUGCUAUCUACAGCUCCCUGUCUACUCUUCACCUGCACUUUAGUGAUGGCAUUUCCCUCUGCGUGAUGGUGUUUGUGGGUUGUGCCAAGGGCUUUGCUCUUUUUAUAGGCCGUGGAGAACUGUUUCACAUUGUCAGGCUAACCUGCUUGUUUGCUGAGUUACACUUCUGUCCUGCUCUCAUGCAGUGGAUUUAAAUGAGAGUGAAGCUAUUGCAGGUCAGACUGGUGACUGAAUGUUUUCCCCUAAAUAUUUUGAUGUACACUGGACUCAGCUUCAGAAUUUUAAUAACCUAAAACCCAUUCAUGUUAGGGUCAAACAUCAUCAAAUGUUGAGGACUAUUUAACUGAAAAUUAUGCUGAGCACUCAGGAAGCAGAGAGCCUGGCUUCUCUGAGACCACAGAGCCUGUGGACAUGAACGGAAGACAACAUGUUCAUAGAGGUAGCCAAGUUUUUGUGCAGGUAACUAUAUGUAAGAGGUGAAUAGUCACUAAUAGUGACAAAUAGUCACUAAAUCUGUCUGAAAUCCUGGAAGUGGCACUCUAGCCAGGGGUACCCAGCAGUGGAUUUUCUAAAGACUUGCAGGACAUCUUGUUUAGCUCUGUACCCAGCUGCUUUAGCAUUUAGAAGCUCUUCCUUGCUCCAGUGUUUGCAUUUGAAGAGUUGUCUUACCACCAUGUUGGUGGUGUUUGUAGCUUUGUUUUAUUGCAUAAAGGAGUUAUACUUCUGCUCCUGUGGGGCCCUUGACAUGGUACUGCUUUCUUUUCUUGUUCAGAUACGUAUCCAGACAGCUGCUGUUUGACAAAUAAUGUGAGCAGGAGGUGAGAGAGGCAUUUCACUGGCAGAUACAUUUUCCUCUAAGGUAUCCAACUCUAAAAAUACUAAUUAGCAAUCGCAUUUUUAGACUGAGUAACUACAGAUAAUGGAGCAAAUUGUCUGGCAAUCCAAGUCUUGGAGGACUCUUCUAUCCCAGAAACGAAGUCAUCACAUUUUGAGACAUGCAGGUAACUUGGUAAUAAGGGAUCACUCGAUGAGUCACUGGGGCAGGGAGAAGAGUAAUCUGAUACUGAUGUUGUGGAGAGUGCAUAUCUUGAUCAAGUGUCAGAUACAUUGGCAGAACAGACAGGAGAUACGGGAGAUAGGGAGACAUUGGUUUCAGCGUCUAUUCUCUGAUAAAUUUCUUACUUCUUUACUGUGGGCUUCCUUUGUGCGCACAGGCCAGCUGGGGAAGUACACACUGCCUCUGCGUCAGUGUUACUGUUCGCGGAACAACACUAACACUUCCCUGGGUAAAUAACUUCAAACACAGAAAUGUGGUAUCAUCUCAUUCUAGCAAUACUCAAAUGCAGUAAACAUUCUUGUGUCAAAACUAUGCUUCUCAUUUAACCCUUGGGGAUGCAAACACAAUCCAAGGUACUGUAUCUUGAUCUGCUCCUUAGCUCAUUCUACUGUAGAUGGUGAAAAAAAUUACUUGCUUUAGGCUAGAAGCUGUCCUUCGUCAGGCUAGUCCCACACAUAAGCUCCUGAGGAAAAUGUUUCUGUUUCAAAACUUGCACUUAAGAGUACCUGAAAUGUAACCUCUCAUGAUUUCUCUUGGUACUGGCUGCUUUCCUCCAGACAUUAGUCUUCAGCUGCUGCCUAGUUCUGGUUUGGAGUGUGAUGCUGAUUCAAAACUGUCUCGUCAUCAGAAGAGUGUUUUUGAGCUUUUUGAGUAACUUCUUUUAAAGACUCAAGCUGUUUUGAGAAUUUGUCAUGUUUUGAAGUGCAACAGUGACAAGCUGUAACCAUCCCAUCUAUUUUUAAGGAGUUUUUAAUAUGCAAAUUUGUAGCAAGUCUCAAAAAAAAAAUCCAAUACACUUCUGCUGCCAACUUUCCUUCUAUGGCCUUGAGAGAAAUUUUGAUGUUUCUUAGCCAGCUCUGCAGGGAGUUGAACACAGCAUCAUUAAUAAUCAAAGGUACGCAUAAUAACAAAUAUUUUGCUGUUUGAAUAAGCAAUGCUUCAUUUACUUCAGUAGAACUGCAUUACUCUCCAGAGAGGAUCUUGGCCUACAGUAUUUAGGCUCCUUGAUCUGGUUAGUAAUUGAAGGCUUGGAAGCUAAUACAUAAACAUACAUUGUGGCCUGCUACAUCAGUCACUGUUCAGCGGUCUCUGCAUCAUAGUGCUAAUGACAUGUGAUGAAUCGAAGAACUAGAAUUUACAAAUAAAUGAAUACUUCUUUUUACUUCUUUAAUGGCAGUGCAUAUACAGUGGUUUUCUCUUAAAACAAAUACUGUAUGUUGUGGUCUGAGGGAUUUUUUCCAAGGAAGGAAGGAAGUAGCAGCUGAUCAAACACUUGCCAAAUCAGUGGCUUGACUUAUAUUGAUUUGAGUGAAAACUGACUCAAACUUUAACUCGGCGGUUCCUGGACUGGUUCGGGGUGUAAGUAGCAAUGCUUAUGUUCUUGUUAUGUCAUUUGUUACUCAAGGAACAUUGUCAAGAAGGCAUGACAGGUGAUGCAACACAGCUGAUUCUAAAGGACAUAGUUCCACAGUUGCUGGCAUUUUGUUCCUUUGCAGCAUCCUCCAGUUGUUUUCUCAGUAUUUUUCAAUCCAAAAUACUGAUCCUAGGAGCAGUUUGCUGUUGAAGCACAUGGCAUGUAUGGGUUUCUUAUUUAAUGAAACUCCGCAUGUGCCGUUAGAGUUUGAUAAGGAUUGCAGUAGGUGUUUGGUCUGAAUCCUGUAAUCCUGCAUGAUGCACUGGGAGUUGCUCUGAUGUGCAAGAGAGUUGUUUCUUUGUGGGAUUCUUCCCCAAUAUAUCUUCUGUUGGCAUUUACACUCAGUCUUGUUUCCAGCUACCGUGCCCACUGUCAGAGUGUCUAUGUGCCUUGGGGCAGCCACUUUAGGCAGAUGGGAGGGACAAACACAAUAUUCUUGGCUUCAGUAUGGCUUUAGCUACUGAGAUGAAGAAUUUUAGCCCUGGCAUUAUACCAGGCCAGUCCUGUCCAUGCCUUUUAUGUGGUCCCGAAGACAAGCUGUGUCCUAUCUACAUGACAGAAUGUUGUAGCUGAUUCUUAUGAUACGCAAGCACGUAGGGUGAAUAAGCCUGAAGUCCAUCCAGGUAAGGCAUCACUGGGACAUCCCUGUAAGUUUUGCCUUGAUUCUGUAUAGCAUGCUGUACUUAUACACUCUGUUCGCAAGGCACAGCCCUCCUAGCUUAGCCUAGCAAGCAUACCUUAUAGAUAAUGACAGCAGCCCAUUAAGAUAGAAACAUCUGCAGCUGGGGUCGCUGUUCAGUGUGGGGUCAUUUGUUACAGUGCCAGCUGACAGUGCUACAUUGUCUUCCUUAAAUUUUUUUUUUUUUUUUAGCUUCCUGGCUUAAGUCUCAAAGUUUUGUUCAACUGCAAGAGUAGUGCCUAUUCAAACACAUAAUUAGGGAGAGAUUACUUUUUCCUCAAACUUUAAACCUAUUGAAAACAUCUAUUAACAAACAUUGACUUCUUUGGUAUAGUUUGGACACCUACCCCUGCAAUCCGUAUUUCUUUUUAUGUAGGUGUUGUUAGUGGUGCAGCUGUGACAUCUGAGCUGCCAGCUUUCACGUCACUGCUCUCAGCGGAGUGACAUUCACCCUGGGAAACCCCCGUAAAGCCCACUGUGCCCUGCUGAAGGGCGCGGAGGUGAUUGUUCUGGUAGACACGUGUUCAAUACGCAGACAUUAAGGGAUGCAGGAGGGCUGCAGUUACCCUUCCACCCAGGCACUUGGAGCAGUGGUGGUCUUACACGACCCAACAUCAGCCCCAUUUUAUUUAAUACCUUAUCUGUAGCUAAAUUACGCUGGCUUUGGAGAAAGGAAGUCAGAAGGGGAACCAAGAAUUUCAUAUCCUGUGACCACUUUAGUACACUACAGGGCAGUGAAUGUUGCACUGAUGGUAUGUUUCAUUACUGAGAUACUUUGAGAAUUACUGCAAAAUCAGUUGUGGGAGCCAUUUGUUUUGCUUUGUUGCACAGACUGUACUUAAAUUUUUAGCAUGGUUACAUAUCUUAGUACUUGUGCCUUUUACUUCUCUGUUGUGAGGAUACAUUUUACUUUCACAUUUUAUCUCCUGGUUUGGGCACUUUUUAGAUACACUUUUUUCAUUUGAUCUUCAUCUCUGGUUUUCAUGUAAUGUACAUGUGUAUAUAUAAAAUAGAUCAGAUUUGUAUUCAUGUGCCUCUGAGAUGUAAAAAAUACUCAUUUUGUACAGGUUUUUUUAGAAGCACUGUGUCAUGGUCUAAAUUACUUAGCAAAUGAAAUUUAACAUAAUUAGCAGUUCUUUGUCUUCUUUUAGAAAUGUUGUGUCUGAUGGCUGGUCUCUUUUGUAAGGCAAUGUCACACACACACUCCCCACAUUUAUUGUUCUAGUAUCAUUACGAGACCAAUUCUAUCCAGUUGUUGGUUCCAGUGAAUUCGAAAUAGUAAACCACCUAACGAAAUAUUCUGGUCCUGACUCGACGAUUAUCGUUUUUAUUCACACUAAAGCCAAUUUGCUGCUUUUUAUACUUGAAAUAGACACCAGACCAAAAUCUUAUUUGAACACAUUGACCAUUUCAGGCCAACUUCAGUUUUGGGAUUAUUUUUGUGGCAAUGGGCAAGUGAUUUACUUUGCUUAUUGCAAUGGAAAGAGAAAUAGCAUUACCAAUUCAUAGACUCUCCUUAGAGAGGGUAAAAUGCUUUAGAUUACUUCUGUUCCCUCCCUGGCUUCUGUGGCAGCUUUUCCUAAGGACAGACCCUGGAUCUGCAUGACUGGAGAUCUUCCUCUCGGAGAGGUGAGAAAUUGGGUGUCUCGCUUUUCACAUUUUGGCAACUGCAGAAUAAACUCCUUCCCUUGGGGUUUGCAGCGCAGCACUCUCCGGCAGCAUUUGGCAAGCUAAGUAGAUGCAUUGUGAGACUGGGCCAGCUGUAACUCGGGCAACCAGGGACCUGGUCCUAGAAGUGUCCUUCCCUUCCACCAACCUCCUCUUGAGCUGGUGCUUUCAUUUCUUGAGUGUUGACCCCCUCGUCUGGUGAGAUGCUUGAAUUGUUCCUCCUCUCGCACCUUAUGGUUUAGCAAUACCCCCACUCACCAGCCCCUGGACAGAGUGAGAUAAUAAACUGUGGUAAGUCACAAGAAAGAAAUUGUCAAUAUCACCUAAAUCUCCCAAAACACAAAGUUUUGAUCUAUAAAAUAAUAUGUUCCAUCCUCAUGGAGCAGAAUUCUUUUAACUGAAUUUGGCACCCACUUGACAGAUUACAAAGCUGCCUUAGAAGCAAGGAGGUGGUUUUAUUUUUUACUUCAAAGGCUGCUUGGUAGGAAAACGAGCG